AUGAGAAGGAAGUAUGAUGUCGCUCUUGUUUUCCCCGUCCGUUGCCCUCGUUUCCCCCGCUCGUCGCCUUCGUUUCCCCUGCCCGUCGCCCUCGUUUCCCCUCCCACCCACGUCGCCCUCGCUUCCCCCGCCCGUCACCCUCGUUUCCCUCACUUGUCGCCCUCGUUUUCCCUGCCAGUCGCCCUCGUUUCUCUUGUCUGUCGCCCUCGUUUCCUCCGCCCGUCGCCCGUCGCCCUCGUCCCCCCCACCCCUCCCCCAUCGCCCUCGCUUCCGAUGCCCGUCGCCCUCGUUUCCCCUGCCCAUCGCCCUCCUUUUCCCCGCCUGCCGCCCUGUUUUCCCCCGUCCGUCGCCCUCGUUUCCCCCGCCCAUCGUCGUGACGUCCCCUGCUUGUCGCCCUCGUUUCCCCCGCCCGUCGCCAUCGCGUCCCCCGCAUGUUACCAUCGCUUCAAGAUCCCGUCGCUCGCCCCGUCGACCUCUCGUCGCUCCCAUUCCCUCCGCUGCCCCUCCCCGCUUCCCCUCGUCUUCACUCUCGCUUCCUUCCCCUAUCGCCCACACACACUCCCUCCCCUCCUUGCGGCCGUCGCCUUCGUCCCUCGCCCUUCCCCCCCCCCGCCUACUCUUUUUUCCCCCCUGCUCUCUCCCAAUCUCCCAACGGCACACGUUAUGGCUUUACCACGGCCCUGGAUUAUUACAUGCAUGGUAGCAGACAACUAG